AUGAAUACGGUUCAACGUGAGUAUGCGGGGAACCCGGAUAGCUCAUCCACGAUAGUUCCCCGUAUCUCAAAACCCCGUCGUGUGCGCAAGAAGGUCACUCAAAAAGCCGAAGACUUGGACUCCACGGGACUUACAGCUAGACCUGGGAAGGGGGCUCCAAAGAGAAAGGCCCGCAAUGUGCUUGCACUGUCCGCCGAUUCAACCGGACCUUCUCCAAAGAAGCCAGCGGUUCAAGGUGACACCAAUCUGCCUGGAGGUCAUGUUUACGAGCAGCGUCCCCGCAGAUGGCGAAAUCGCCCACCUCAAAGCUACCUUGAGCGACUGAAGCGAGUCAGCUUGACCCGGAUGUUUGUUGUGGGUCAAGUUGUGGGUGGAACUGAAGAAGAUCCUGAAUUCCACUUCGACGUGGUCGGGUCUACUGGCAACAUCUACAAGGUCGUUAUCGGGAAACAACCCACCUGCGACUGCCCAGACGGCAGGAAGGGCAACCAAUGCAAGCACAUCUGCUACGUUCUACUCAAAGCGCUCAAGCCUCGCCCCGAGCUCCAAUAUCAACUCGGCUUCGUGUCCUCGGAGCUGCGUGAGAUGUACGAGGGAUCCCCUCUUAGUCGCAUCAAGGCGACUGCCACCUCAGACCAAGACCACGAUGGCAAACGCAAGCCUGUUGAGGGCGACUGCCCAAUUUGCUUCAUGGAAUUCGAGGCCAAGGACGAGACUAUCUGGUGUAAGGCCGCCUGCGGGAACAACAUCCACAAGGCCUGUUUCGAUCAGUGGGCCGCCACAUCGCGCGCGCAAGGCCCCGUCCGCUGCGUCUACUGUCGCACGAACUGGAAGUUUGACAGUGAUGAUCUCGAUAUUGAGAAUAUUCGAAAGACCGGCACCAUCGGUGCGGACGGCUACAUCAACGUCGCAGAGCGGUUUGGUCUGUCGCCUCAACGCGUUCGAAUCAUCUUUAACAUGAUUACUACGUAUUCCCAAUGGCUCAUCGUACACUACCCGCCAAUGCUUAGGGGCGGGAAACCAAACUUCGAAUUGGUAGUCAUUGAUGCCUUCAAGGAUAUUGUCGGUCACAACCGUGAAUUGACAUACAAGAUGCUUACGUCCGCCCAAGGGGUUAAUGAAAAGCCUUCAGAGUGGGACUAA